AUAAAUCAUAUUUCUUCAUUUUACAAACUGUUCAAAUUCUGGCUCAUUUUCAUUGUCUCUUUACCGAAAUUUGGAAAUAAAAGAAGUAUAGAAAGAACGAGAACAUGAAGAUCCCCGUGAGAGUACUCGUUUUGGCCGUAGUGACAUUCGCAGUGCUAUCAGUAGCGACAGGCGACGCUCCCGCAGCAGCAGCCGCACCAGGGGCAGCAGCCGCGCCAGCGGCAGCUGGAGCACCAGGGGCAGGAGCCGCUCCAGAAGCACCUGCCGCAACACCACCUCCUGGAACGACCACCAAGUCCGGUGCAGAUCGUCUCGUGCUUACGCCUUGGUAUCAUCUGCUGACAUUCACUGGCAUGUCAAUGGCAUUACUACUGGCGUCCAAAGCGUGAGAGUUUUAUAUUAUGAGAAUUACUUGUCCAAAUAUGAGAUGUUAUACCUUAG